UGGACGCAGAAUGUUAACGCCGUAAUCAAUACACUGUGAGAUACUUUCAUAUCACAGCACUGCCUUCAGCGAACAAGGGUCAGUGUCGACGUUCUGUGACACACAUACCUUAGCCACAGGGUCAGUGUCACCAUGGAAGUAGAACACAUGUCAGCUCACAUUCCGUUUGUUUGCUUCUUUGAUUCUUCUGUGACGCAAAAUCUAUUAUGUUAAGCGUCUAUGAAGGAAAUAUAUUUUGCCAUGUCGAUCUGUGUGAUUCUCCCUGUUCCAAGUUAAAACACCACGAAGCUCCACCAACAAAGAUCCAUGUUUGUGCAGGUUGUUGAACUAGCUGGAUAAAUUUUUUGUGGAAGCCUUCAAACAGGUUGUUGAACAAGAUGGACUUUGUUUGUGUGGAAUACUUACAAAAGGAUGUUAAACUUAGCAGGAGCUCCUUGCUGUGAAAUCCGCAAAAAAAAGUUUUAAAAGAAGUUCUCGGUCAUAUAGAAUGUUUUCAUGAAGGACGUUCAGGGCCUCGCUUUAAGGGAAAUCGUUCACUCAACAGGAACUGCGUCCUGUUAUGAAUCCUUCUUUGGAGAAAAACUAUGCGAAACUUCGUUCAAAGGAAAUCCUUACAGUGAGACGUUAGAGUAGCAGGGUAUUUUUCCAUAUGAUACGCUUAUGAUCUCUAUAAGCAGCAAGAGAUAAUUCUGGAAGGAACACUAAGAGAAACAGAGUCUUAAGAUCUGAGUAACAUGAUAUUGAACGGUGUUGUGACAAUUCCUGGAACUACAAUGUGAGUUUGGUGUUACGAGUAACGUCUGGAGUAGAAUGACGGGUUUGUUUCCUCGCCUGUGACCACUCCGCCAGUGGGAUGUCGGAGCGCGGAUACCUGUGGCUGUUGUUGGUCUGUCUGGAGCUGACGGCACUGUCUGCGACUUGUAGGAUGACCUCCUACAACGUCACUAUAGGCACCAUAUUACACCCGUCAUGGAUGAAAGACGUCACACAGCCCGAGAUGAGGUCACAUCGUAGCAACUGUCGUGUGAAUAUCACAAUUCUCACAGCGAUCCUUGACACAGACAACGAAUUUCUACUAAGACUAAAAGUAACCUCCCUCCGGAGUAACGACCCGCCAGCUGAUCUCAUCCUCAUAGGGCCGUCCUCGACAACGUGCUCACCUCCACGCCUUGGGACAACACUUGGCGACGACGACAGCAUCAUGACUCUCCCCUGUCCCAGCCAGCACGGCCAUGACUCAACACCCUCAUCCACGUGGUUGCCGCAGUCGACGUUUCAUGACGCAUGGGAGUUCAUGGCGUCGUACACAAACGCCAUCCCACAGGAUACCCUGGUGAUUCUUUAUGAGGAAAACACAGCAGGAAGAUUUCUAGGUCAGUUCUUGGAGAAACACCUACCGUCCAGCCUGGAUAUGAAGCUGAUGAUGUACAGCACCGAGACUCUAUCCGCUACCACCAGGUGGCGCUCGGAGCUCGCACACAUACACAACAGGACCUAUGUGAAGGGAAUAUAUGGAAUUCUGUUGGGGUCAGAAUCUACUCUCCUAGAAUAUAUGCAAGAGAUAAACAAUUUCGAUGCUUUGUUCCCGAGAACCACGGACUUCCGCCACCGGUCAUUCUGGUUGGUCAUCACACAAACAGUGGACAUCCACGUGUUGGAGAACGUGUCUCGUGAUCUAGAAAAUAUGGCCGUCAUAUCACCUGGAAUCUCCCCAUAUGACCAUGACAUGAAUGCGUCAAUUGAGUCACUUGUGCUGGAAAAGACGUUCUCGGGUCUUGGGAAAAACCUCAACGUCUGCGGCAACAUGACGUCGGCAGCUGUAGUGUGCGUCAUCGCUCAUCACUUGGAGUCGGCCUUCCAGACGGCGGAGUCCGAACGCCUCUACGUGCAUGUUGCCGAGGGAGUGGGCGACACCCACCACUACGUCAAACACCCGCUGUCCAAGACACGAGCAGAUUUAAACGACUUUCUCUUCCCUAACGUCAAAUAUGGCUACAACCUACGACAUAUGAAUAUAACGAUUCAGCCGUGGCCGGGAUUCAUGGAGCGUGUUGAUGACGGGAACGCUACAACCUACCAGGGCAUGUGUAUUGAGAUGCUGAAGGUGCUACAAGAGGCUCUCAACUUCACGUACACGCUGUAUGAGAACAAAGACCAGACCUGGGGAGUUGUAGAAGAUGGCUCGUGGAUCGGCAUGGUCGGGGAACUACACCGACGGGAAGCUGACCUUGCCCUAGCUGACAUCACUAUCCACUACCAGAGAGACCAGGUCGUUGAUUUUGUACUUCCGGCCUUUCGAAGGGAAGUGACCGACAUCGUGUACCGGAAGUGGAAGACGGAAGACUUCAAUUGGAAGCAUCUGACACGUCCCUUCACCCCCCUCGUCGUGCUGUGUAUAACAGCAGCACUGGUGUUUGUCAUGUUGAUGGUGGCGGUCACAGAGAGACUUAACCCUUAUUACAGCGGGAUGAUGGAGAGACAGAGCCCUCUGGAGAUAUCCUGGAAAACUGUCUGGUAUCUGCUUGGAUCCGUGCUCAUGCAAGGUGGAACCCAGGAACCUGGUUCUUGCACCGGCCGAGUCCUCCUGUCGACGUGGUGGAUCUUCUGCAUCGUGAUCGCUGCCACCUACAGCGCCACCCUCAUCGUAUCCUUCGCCGUGCAGGAGGAAGCAGUCCCGUUCAAGUCGCUGACGGAUCUCGUUGAGAAUGAGGAGUACAGAUGGGGAUUAUUUGACGGGUCUAUUGCUAUGCUAAUACUAACCAACUCCACUCGUCCAGAGUUCCAGAAGGCCCUUGAUGGUGUCCGAAAGUUCGCCCAGUCAGACCCGAGUGUCCUCAGUCGAGACAUUGAGGUGCAGCUCCACAAGGUCCAGACGGAGAAGUAUGCCCUCAUCUCGAGCCGGGCAACGCUGGAGUACAUGCAGUCGGUGUCACGCCCGCUAGAUCUCCGCAUAGUCGGGGAGAACCUGUAUUCCACCCAUGUGGCCCUGGCAGUUCCACCCGACUCCCCCUUCCUGCCAGAUUUUGAGAGAGUCAUGUCGACUAUGAGUGAGAUUGGGUUGCUGGAGACAUGGGAAGAAACUUGGUGGAACCAUAGCUAUCUGAAGAACCCUUCAGUCACUCUCGGAGGACAACCUAUAACUAUCGGCAACUUCCUGAACGCGCUGUGCCUCGUUGCCAUCGGUGUGGCUUGUGGCGUUACCGCCCUCCUACUGGAAUAUGUCAUCGAACGGAUCAGACGGUGCUACAUGGCAUCGUUUGAAAAGAAAACUGAGCCAGUGACUGCAUGUGUGGAAGACCAUGUGGUAGAUAUGACCUAGACCAAAUGAUGGACGCAGAGACGACGGAGCGGUGUACUUCAGAUAUAUUGGUUCCUAAAUCAGUAAUCAACCAUUGGAACCUAUCAACCUUAACGGUCUUAACAUCUGAUUUGACGUGACCAGGAAGGCCCUCGCAAGUAUUGGGGAACUUGGAUUUAAACAUGUUCCUAUUGCCCUACAUGACAAACAAAGGUACAACACUAUGGUAUCUGAAUGAUUAGAUGACAACAAAUUGCGGUUGAGACAUUACUCCUUAGUUUAUGCUGUCACAAAUAGUUGGUGACUGCGAACUGCAAGCACAUGGGAUUGAUAUAUGAACGAUCCUUCAAUCAUUUAGAAAGCACAAGGACACCUGACACACGUGUGAAGGAUUAUCUUUAUGAAAUCCGAAGCUGUUAACCUUAGAGUUGACAUAAGGAUGACCUAUAUAUGAAGGCCAAGAGGACUAAUUUAAAGAUAAACAUUUCUCGGAAGGAAGCGGACGGAAUUCAUUUUUAUGACGUAACUGUUUCUAAAAACAUAAACAUCUUCUUGUGAGUAACCUGAGGUGGUGAGGUGCGGUAAAAUCGGGUGAGUGAGUGAGUGAGUGAGUGAGUAUGGUGUUACGCCGCUUUUAGCAAUAUUCCAGCAAUAUCACGGCGGGGGACACCGGAAAUAGGCUUCACACAUU